GGAAAUAAUUUGUUCUCGUCUCUUAUCAUAAGAUCGAGUAAAGAGCCCAAGGCCCAAAAGCCCUUAACAAUUACUGUCUUAUUUACUGGCCAAUAUAAACAAAGAAAAGCCUAGCUAGGGUUUCAUCCAUCGCCAAUCGCAGCAGCAAAAAAACGAAAGAACUGCAGAUAUGGUGAAAUUCCUAAAGCCAAACAAAGCCGUAGUGCUUCUCCAAGGGCGCCACGCAGGUAGGAAAGCAGUAAUCGUUCGAGCAUUCGACGAUGGUACACGUGACAGGCCAUACGGACAUUGUUUGGUCGCCGGCGUAGCAAAGUACCCAAAGAAAGUGAUUCGUAAAGACUCUGCUAAAAAGCAAGCGAAGAAAUCACGGGUCAAGACUUUUAUCAAGCUUGUUAAUUACACACAUAUAAUGCCUACACGUUACACAUUGGAUGUUGAUUUGAAGGAAACUGUUACUGUUGAUUGUCUUCAGACACGUGAUAAGAAGGUUACUGCUGCUAAGGAAGCGAAAGCGAAGUUUGAAGAGAGGUUUAAGACUGGGAAAAAUCGUUGGUUUUUUACUAAGCUUAGAUUUUGAGUGGUUUGCUGUUUUUAUUGGUAAUUUUCUAUUCAGGAUAUUAAGGAUUUUUGUCUGUGUUUGUUUUGUUCAAUUGGACUUGAAAUGAAAGAUCUAGUUUUAUCUUUUA